AGCCCCGUCUAAGACCCGGGCGUGAGGAAGUCUGCGGUGGGUGAUGAAUACAAACAACAGUUUCUCUUUCCUGUCAGUAAAACGCUGUUUCCAGAACCUGCCAGGUUUCGCCCCAGUGGCCACACCUAUGCCUGGCAUGUGCUGGUCCGAGCCCUUAGCGCCAGUAAAAGAAAGGUGGCGGACGCAACAUUCUCUAAUUACUAGGGGAAGGAGGGAGGCUUUCCCUUCCUCCCAGUGCCCCAUGUACCAACGCGUCUCGCCAUACCCCUUGCCCCCCUUCCAGCAGCUGACGGAGUAAUUCGAGUAGGAAUCGAAAGAUUUGGAGGCGCCGGGGGAGAAACCCGCGGAGCGCUCUCCGAGCCUGUGGCGUCCCAGGAAGACUCCGAGCGGGGCCGGGGAAGUUCUCUGGAGGACAUGGGGUGGAUACCCAGGUCUCCUUCCCUGGGUGAAAUAAGAACUGAAAAUCUAAAAAUAAAAUAAAAUAACAUAACAUAAAAUAGAAAACACAGAGAAGCAACAAAAAAGCGCUUCCCCUCCUCAGUUCUCCCCAGUCCACCCAAGGUUUACCAAGGCUGUUGUCUUUGCAGGAGUGGGCGUCCCGCUCCACGUAACGAUGCGAUUGGGUUGUACCUCUGUCUGUCUCCUGCGCGAUGUCCCGCCCUGGGAGGUGUCACGGAACUCAGCUGAUAUAAGCCCGGGACCCCGCGGGGUCAAAUUCUCUGCUCUGGACUUGGGAGGCUCCGUUGCCUGCUCCUGGAGGGAGACGCGCUGCAGAGGAGAACCCAGCGGGAGAACAUUUCAGGAUAGGAAUAGGCCAAGUGCUGAGAAGAUGAGUCUUAGGAUUGAUGGGAAUACAAACUUUCCUGAGUGUGUUGUAGAUGCAGGAAAAGUCAUCCUUGGGACUCAGCAGAGGCAGGAGAUGGACCCUCGCCUGCGGGAGAAACAGAAUGAAAUCAUCCUGCGAGCAGUAUGUGCUCUGCUGAAUUCUGGUGGGGGCAUAAUCAAGGCUGAGAUUGAGAACAAAGGCUACAAUUAUGAACAUCAUGGAGUAGGACUGGAUGUGCCUCCAAUUUUCAGAAGCCAUUUAGAUGAGAUGCAGCAGGAAAGCCACUUUUUGAUUUUUGUGAAAUCAUGGAACACAGAGGCUGGUGUGCCACUUGCUACCUUAUGCUCCAAUUUGUACCACAGACAGAGAACAUCCACUGAUGUCAUGGAUUCUCAGGAAGCUCUGGCAUUCCUCAAAUGGAGGACUCAGACUCCUAUGAAUAUUAAUGUUUCCAAUUCAUUAAGUCCACAGGCAGCUCAGGGUAGUGUACAAUAUGAAGGUAACAUAAAUGCGUCAGCUGCUGCUUUAUUUGAUAGAAAGCGGCUUCAGUAUCUGGAAAAACUCAACCUUCCUGAGUCCACACAUGUUGAAUUUGUAAUGUUCUCAACAGACGUGUCACACUGUGUUAAAGACAGACUUCCGAAGUGUGUUUCUGCAUUUGCAAAUACUGAAGGAGGAUAUGUAUUUUUUGGUGUGCACGAUGAGACUUGUCAAGUGAUUGGAUGUGAAAAAGAGAAAAUAGACCUUACGAGCUUGAGGGCUUCUAUUGACAGCUGUAUUAAGAAGCUACCUGUCCAUCAUUUCUGCACACAGAGGCCUGAGAUAAAAUAUGUCCUUAACUUCCUUGAAGUGCAUGAUAAGGGGGCCCUCCAUGGAUAUGUCUGUGCAAUCAAGGUGGAGCAAUUUUGCUGUGUGGUGUUUGCCAAAGUGCCUAGUUCCUGGCAGGUGAAGGACAACUGUGUGAGACAAUUGCCGACAAGAGAAUGGACUGCUUGGAUGAUGAAAGCUGACCCAGACCUUUCCAGGUGUCCUGAGAUGGUCCUUGAGUUGAGUUUGUCAUCUGCCACGCCCCGCAGCAAGCCUGUGUGCAUUCAUAAGAAUUUGGAAUGUCUGAAAGAGCAGCAGAAACGCUACUUUCCAGUAUUUUCAGACAGAGUGGUAUAUACUCCAGAAAGCCUCUACAAGGAACUCUUCUCACAACAUAAAGGACUCAGAGACUUAAUAAAUACAGAAAUGCGCCCUUUCUCUCAAGGAAUAUUGAUUUUUUCUCAAAGCUGGGCUGUGGACUUAGGUCUGCAAGAGAAGCAGGGAGUCAUCUGUGAUGCUCUUCUAAUUUCCCAGAACAACACCCCUAUUCUCUACACCAUCUUCAGCAAGUGGGAUACGGGGUGCAAGGGCUAUUCUAUGAUAGUUGCCUAUUCUUUGAAGCAGAAGCUGGUGAACAAAGGCGGCUACACUGGGAGGUUAUGCAUCACCCCCUUGGUCUGUGUGCUGAAUUCUGAUAGAAAAGCACAGAGCGUUUACGGUUCUUAUUUACAAAUUUACCCUGAAUCCUAUAACUUCAUGACUCCCCAGCACAUGGAAGCCCUGUUACAGUCCCUUGUGAUAGUCUUGCUUGGGUUCAAAUCCCUCUUAAGUGAAGAGCUGGGCUCUGAGGUUUUGAACCUACUGACAAAUAAACAGUAUGAGUUGCUUUCAAAGAACCUUUGCAAGACCAGAGAGUUGUUUGUUCAUGGCUUACCUGGAUCAGGGAAGACUAUCUUGGCUCUUAGGAUCAUGGAGAAGAUCAGGAAUGUGUUUCACUGUGAACCGGCUAACAUUCUCUACAUCUGUGAAAACCAGCCCCUGAAGAAGUUGGUGAGUUUCAGCAAGAAAAACAUCUGCCAGCCAGUGACCCGGAAAAGCUUCAUGAAAAACAACUUUGAACACAUCCAGCACAUUAUCAUUGAUGACGCUCAGAAUUUCCGCACUGAAGAUGGGGACUGGUAUGGGAAAGCAAAGUUCAUCACUCAGACAGCAAGGGAUGGCCCAGGAGUUCUCUGGAUCUUUCUGGACUACUUUCAGACCAAUCACUUGAGUUGCAGUGGCCUCCCCCCUCCCUCAGACCAGUAUCCAAGAGAAGAGAUCAACAGAGUGGUCCGCAAUGCAGGUCCAAUAGCUAAUUACCUACAACAAGUAAUGCAGGAAGCCCGACAAAAUCCUCCACCUAACCUCCCCCCUGGGUCCCUGGUGAUGCUCUAUGAACCUAAAUGGGCUCAAGGUGUCCCAGGCAACUUAGAGAUUAUUGAAGACUUGAACUUGGAGGAGAUACUGAUCUAUGUAGCGAAUAAAUGCCGUUUUCUCUUGCGGAAUGGUUAUUCUCCGAAGGAUAUUGCUGUGCUUUUCACCAAAGCAAGUGAAGUGGAAAAAUAUAAAGACAGGCUUCUAACAGCAAUGAAGAAGAGAAAAAUGUCUCAGCUCGAUGAGGAAUCUGAUCUGUUACUACAGAUCGUUGAUGCGUCGGAUGUUCUGACCAAUCACAUUGUGUUGGACAGUGUCUGUCGAUUUUCAGGCCUGGAAAGAAAUAUCGUGUUUGGAAUCAAUCCAGGAGUAGCCCCACCAGCUGGGGUCUACAAUCUUCUGCUCUGUUUGGCUUCUAGGGCAAAAAGACAUCUGUAUAUUCUGAAGGCUUCUGUGUGACAGGAAACCCAAGCCUAAGAAACAAUUAAGUGGUUCUCAUCUCUAAUUAACUGUGAAACCAUUUAAUCCAAACAUGUAAGCACACACUCACUUAUUAAGUCACAUACUUUUCUAGGUGCUGGGGAUUGAGGACGAAUCGAUGUAAGAUUCCUCCUUUAGGGCAGAGACAGACCACUGACAAAUACACAGAUAGACAAGGAAUUUCCCAUGGUAAAAAGGGAUAUCAGUAAUUAGAGGACCGUGAGACUCAGAGAUGUGUGUGUGUGUGUGUGUGUGUGUGUGUGUGCGCGCGCGCGUGUGCGCAUGUGUGUAGGUAGAUGGAGGGAGGGGGUGGUUAUUUUGGGUGGUCAGGGAAGUGCUCAGUGAGGGAAGAACUUGUCAUGAGAAUCUCUGAGCCUGCCAGGCAGACUCAGAUAUUUUUAUAAAUUUUUAACAUGGCCCCGUGCAGAAAAGCUUGAAUGGGACGUGCAGGGAGAAUGUGAAGGAUGGAGCAGAUAGCUCAUCUGGCCUUGUAGGUGCCAGAACGGGUAAGACAUGUUUCGAAAUGUAAGACCACAGGCUGUUUUUUGCAAGACCACAUUAUAUUACUUUAUUAUUUUCUGCUUUUUCUUUUAAGGGCAUUAGUGUUUUUGAUCACUAUAUUUUAAAAUGCUUUUUGUGAGCCUUUUGGUUAUUUGGAAUCUGUUCCUUAGCUCUGAUUUUUUAUUCUUAUGGAGCGUCUUAGGUUACUACAUGAAGGUAAGACUGCCACAGUCCCCCAGGGAGGCACACUGUGUUUUACUGAUUGAUUUGAAGAUGAUAGAGAGCCUAGGGGGAUGAGUCUAUUGGACUCAAAGGUUACAUUUUGUUUUUCCAUUUAAUUUAAUAGUCAACAAAACGACAAAGUCAGUUUAAUAUCUUUCUUCUGCUGAGUCUUCAGGAUUUUAGCUAGUCUUUCAAAAGCCAUUGCUACAAAAGUGCAAAUUUCUCAUUUCCUGUGGGUCUCUAGAAACUCUCUCAAUAUUUAAAGCCAAACAAAUCCAUCUUUUCUGAGAGACAGAAACUAAAAAAUUCGAAGAGUUAAUUCACUAUUAAAAACAGCAAGUCCCUGCUAUUUCCCAAGAAUAAAGAAAUUUAAAAUUCUCAUUGUAAGAAGUAUGAACUUGAAGCUAGAAUUGGUUUGUUUCUGGCAGCUACUUACAAUAUUAAGAACUUUACUUUUUAAAUUUAAGACAAUUUCACAGGAAAGCAAGAAAUUAGUCUAUUGUGAAAUGUUUUUACAACUAACUUGGAAUAUACUGCAAAUCACUAGUAAGUAGAGACACAUUUAAGAUAAAAUGAUUAAUAAAACAAUUGGUAAUUCUGAAUAAGGAUCUGAAUAAAUCCAGAUCACAGACUGUUCCUUUACCAAUAUGUAAAAGAAUGUGCAAAAUUAGUAAAAAUAUGCCAAAAAUUUACCAGCAACAGAGAAGCAAAGAAUGGAGUUCAACUUUACACUAUAAACAUCUAAUAGAUAUGUAUGAAAAUUUAAAAACUAGAAUAGGUUGGGCAUGGUGGCUCAUGCUUGUGAUCCCAGGACUUUAGGAGGCCGAGGUGGGAGGAUUGUUUGAGCCCAGGAGUUCAAGACCAGCUUGAGCAACAUAGUGAGACCCUGUCUCUACAAAAACAAACAAACAAACAAACAAAUAAAUAAAAUUAGCUGGAAUGGUGAUGCACACCUGGAGUCCUAGCUACUCAGAAGGCUGAGGCAGGACGAUCACUUGAGCUCAGAAGUCUGAGGUUACAGUGAGCUAUGAUCAUACCAGUGCACUGCAGUCUGGGUGACAGAACAAGACCCAGUCUCUAAAAAAUAAAUAAAUAAAACAAAAAAUAGAAUUUAAAAGUUUUAUAUAAAGGCAUAGCUACUAUCUCAUCUGCCCAAUGUAGUCAUGAAUAGAUGUCACAUAAAGAAAAGAAAACCAGAAUUCUUGUUAAUAUGGCCAAUUUGAAGGGUGGUGGCGGAGGUAUUGAGCAGGCAGCUCAGGGAAAUGCCAGGGAGACCCUUGAGCACAGAAACUCCUGAUUGUCCCCAAGGACUCUCCGUGGACACAGGAGGGAUUUUCCAGGAUUUCACAUGAAUUCAAUGAAGAGGGCUGUGUCUUAUUCUGGAUGCUUUGCCUCCUUCAUGGAAUUCAGUGGAUUUAAUGGAAUUUCCUAGGCAACAAUAAAGAGUAGAAACCAGGUUAACAGCGAGGUCCUCAUCUCACACCAGAUCAGAUCAGGCUACACAAAAGUAGAUGGAAGACACCACCCAGGCCUCCAGCUAUACACUGGAGAAGAAGCCAAACAAGUCUACUUCAUCUAAGAAAGUUGUCAAAGAGAACCCUUCUAUACCAUCUUAAGGUAAAAAGAAAGACCCUACCCAGCUGCCCUGAUUAAGCAUUAGAAAGAUAAGUGUUCUGAUCAUUAGGCAGAAAGACAAUGCGGAAAAAUGUAGAAAAGAAAUAUGACAUGAGCCAGAUGAAGAACCCAUCCUGAAAGGAUAUAUAACUCAGGGGACAAAAGACAACUCACCAUAGGUUGGGUACACUGGAUCACGCCUGUAAUCUCAGCAUUUUGGGAGGCCAAGGCAGGUGGAUCACCUGAGGUCAGGAGUUCAAGACCAGCCUGGCCAACAUGGUGAAAUCCUGUCUCUAUUAAAAAUACAAAAAUUAGCUGGGUGUGGUGGUGCACACCUGUAAUACCAGCUACUCAGAAGGCUGAGGCAAGAGAAUUGCUUGAACCAAGGAGGCAGAGGUUACAGUGAGCCAAGAUCACGCCAUUGUACUUCAGCCUGGGCGACAAAGUGAGACCCUGUCUCAGAAAACAAACAAAGCCUCCCCAUAGAUGUCUCAUGCCAUAGAAGAAUUUGAGAAGUUCAUAAAUUCAAUAAAACAAAAGUUGAAACCCUGUCCCACUGUACCCAAGUUCUCCCUCUCUGAACUGCAGCCUAGAAACUCUCUACAGGCAGUAAGCUGGGGCAGUCACAGAGGUGACCUCAUCUGUUUCCCACAUCCUGCAUUAGGACAGUGAUCAGGGAUCAGUAUCCUUCAUUGACUGAUUUCCAAUAUCUUGAGACCUGUUGUUUCAUAUAUUUUGUCUUAUUUUGCAAUUGUUUCAGGAGGGAGGAUAAAUAUGGUGCCUGUUCCUCUAUCUUGACCAGAAGCAUCUAAGAAGGCAGUGAAGCAACAUGUGUAUAGUUCUUAGGGAAAUAAAUUUUGACCUAAAAAUAUUAAACCUAGUCAAAAUAUUAUUCUAGUACAAAGGCAGCACAUGGGUAUUUUUGAACAUAAAAGAGUUCUAGAAAUACAGGACCCAUGAAUCAUUCUUGAAGAAAAGUUACUCAGUAAGGAAAUCUAGCUAAGCAAGCAAUAUGUACAAAUAAAAGAUUAUUGUAAUUGGACCAAAGUUAAGUUUAAAUCCAUUCACAUGUAUAUAAUUAAGAUAUAUAGGAAUUAUAAUUACAGAAAAGAAUGUUACGAACCUUCACAAAGUAAAAAUAUUUUUAUAUCAGAUAGAUUCUUCUGUUUCAAUCCAUAAAACCAGGGUUUGGAUCAUUUAAAAAAAAACAAAAAUAAUUUAUUGGACUCAUUAGGGAGGACCUGAUAGAAUAAAACAACAAGCUGACCAAAUAGGCCUUAGAGGGGAGAGGUGCCUGGGCAGUUACAAGGACCUAGGUAGCAGGGGUGACUUGGCCACAGUCAUUUUCUUUACUUGAUUUAAGAAGGUUAAAUUACAGUGAGAGAGUUGCACUUAUCUAGUUUGUAUACCGUACUCAACUCUUAGCUAGCAUAGGGCAGGUUCCUUGGUUGAAAAAUUUCCACAAAACAUGAUGUAAAGUGGAAAGAUCAGUUCCCCCAAAGAAUAUCAGUUACCAAAGUAGGAUGAAAGGAUGUUGGGUAGAUCAAAACAACAAAUAUCCAUUAUAGCAAUUAACAAAAGUUAGGGAGUGGGGAAGUUUGAGUGCUAAUAUGUAUUUCAAAACAACUUUAAAAAUGGCUCCAAACAUUUUAUGCUUUUUGUAAUUUAGUCAUUUUAAUAUUAGAUAAAUCUUCCUGUAACUGAAAGUUCUUGAGUUAAAGAAAAAUAUUCCGUAGUUCAGCUCUUCCUUCAAUUUUAUUAGUUGCUUUUUCUUUUGUUCAAGUGAAAUAAACAUAAAAAUAAUUUUAAAA